UGGAAGUAGGGGAACAGUCACCCCCAAGUCCCUGGCAGUGAGGCAGAGCUGGCAGGGGUGAGGCCCCCUUUUGGGGGGGCAUGAGUGGCCUCAAAGCCCCUACAUUCCACCCAUGGGGAGGGGACAGAGCCCCGGGGGAGCCAGCCAUGCAGGGGCUGCGGUCCCUUUAAGUGGGAGGGGGGCUCAGCUCCCAGGCUCAGGAGGGGGGAGCAGCACAGAGGGGCUGCCCCAGGAGGGAGCUGGCAGCUGGCAGCCUUGGACAUGCUGUGUGGACUCAGCCACCCACCCCCAGGGAACACCGAUGAUGGGCCCUACUCCAAAGGUGGCAGGGAUGCCGGGGGAACAGAGGGUGCCUUGGCCUGGCGCAGACAAAGCAUCCCAGAGGAAUUCCGGGGAGUCACAGUGGUGGAGCUGACCAAGAAGGAAGGCAGCACGCUAGGCCUGACAAUUUCUGGGGGCACUGACAAAGAUGGCAAACCCCGAGUCUCCAACCUGCGACCCGGGGGGCUGGCAGCCAGGAGUGACCUGCUGAAUGUGGGCGACCAUAUCCUGUCUGUGAACGGCAUCCGCCUGGCCAGGCUUCGGCACGAGGAGAUUGUCUCUCUGCUAAGGAAUGUGGGCGGCCGCGUGGUGCUGGAGGUGCAGUAUGAGCUGCCCCCACCUGCCCCAGCGCUCACCCCGGGCGUCACCCCCAAGACGGUGGAUGUCUUUCUACACAAGGAGGACGGCAGCUUUGGUUUCGUGCUCAGAGGAGGCGCCCAGGAGGAUGGACACAAGUCUCGGCCGCUGGUGCUGACCUCGGUGCGUCCUGGUGGCCCUGCAGACAGGGAGGGCUCCCUGAAAGUGGGUGACCGGCUGCUGGGAGUAGACGGGGUCUCCCUGCUAGGGGUCAGCCAUGCGGCUGCUCUCGCCACCCUGCAGCACUGCGGCCAGCAGGCCCUGCUCCACAUAGAAUAUGACGUGGCCGUGCCAGACGUGGCGGCAGGUGCCCCAGGGCCCCUACUAGUGGAGCUGCCAAGGCCCCCAGGCUCAGCACUGGGCAUCUCGCUGGCCCCGGGCUCCAACCUCGGCAGGCCGGGUGUGGCCGUGGAGCACAUCAGGGCAGCCAGCCUGGCGGACAGGAGCGGGACAUUGCACCCUGGGGACAUCAUCCUCUCCAUCGAUGGCACCAGCACCGAGCACUGCUCCCCCCUUGAGGCCAUGCGGCUGCUGGCACGCUCAGGUCCGAGUGUGAGACUGGAAGUGCUGCCUGCGCCACGGAGGGCCCCCGGAAGAGCCUUGGCUUCGACUCCCUUUCCCUCGCCUACGCUGAACCAUGCCUUUCCCUGCACCACCCCUGGCACCUUGACCCGGAGACCCCAGCCCAUGAGCCCCCGGACCACCAUGGGGCACAGUAGAGCCCGAAAACAGGAGCACAGGAGUUCGUUAUCCCUGGCAUCCAGCGUGCUGGGCCUGGGCGGCCAGGUGGUGCACACAGAGACCACGGAGGUCCUGCUUCGUGGAGACCCGCUCACCGGCUUCGGUCUCCAGCUGCAAGGUGGCGUCUUCGCCACCGAGACCUUGUCCUCGCCCGCCCUGGUGGGCUCCAUUGAGCCGGACAGCCCGGCUGAGAGGUGCGGGCUGCUGCAGGUGGGGGACCGCGUGCUGGCGGUCAACGGGGUCCCCACGGAGGACGGGAGCCUGGAGGAGGCACGCCAGCUCCUGCGCGACGCCGCGCUGGCCCAGCAGGUGGCGCUGCAGAUCGAGUUCGACGUGGCGGAGUCCGUGGUCCCGAGCAGCGGCACCUUCCUGGUGAAGCUGCCCCAUCGGAGCGGCGUGGAGCUGGGCAUCACCAUCAGCCCAGCCAACAGGAAGCGAGGGGAGCCCCUGAUUAUCUCGGACAUCAAGAGGGGCAGCGUGGCCCACAGGACAGGCACCCUAGAGCCAGGGGACAAGCUGCUGGCGAUCGACAGCACGCGGCUGGACGGCUGCCCCCUGGACGAGGCCCUGCAGAUCCUGCAGCAGAGCCAGGACCUGGUGACGCUCAAGAUCCGGAAGGAUGAGGACAACUCAGACGAGCAGGAGGCCACGGGGGCCAUCAGCUACACGGUGGAGCUAAAGCGACACGGGGGACCCCUGGGCAUCACCAUCUCCGGCACCGAGGAGCCCUUCGACCCCAUCGUCAUCUCAGGCCUCACCAAACGUGGCCUGGCGGAGAGGACUGGUGCCAUCCACGUGGGGGACCGCAUCAUGGCCAUCAACGGGGUCAGCCUCAAGGGCCAGCCGCUGAGCCAGGCCAUCCGACUCCUGCAGGCAGCGGGGGACACCGUCACACUGCGGAUCAGGAAGCAGGUGGACGGCCCAUUCAUGCCCCUCAGGCCGGGCAGCCUGAGCGAGUCCAGCGAUGUGGACGAAGAUCCCCCAGAGGCCCUCAGGGGUGGCCCAGCUGCCCACCCUUUGCCCACCUUGCCCUGUGUGGACAGCACCCUGGACUCCUGGGAGCGCUCUGUUGCGGAAGGAGGCCGUCGGGGGCCAGGCACUCACACGCCCCAGCCCACACCUCAGGGCCUGGGCACCUGCGAGUGGACGCCCAGCCGGCCACGAAGAAGCCCCCCGCCCCUCACCGCCCCUGUGGGUGACCCCUGCCUUAAGGACAGGGAUGACUGGGCACCUUCCGACAGCCCUGCCCGCGAGGAGGCCUUCUGGCGCGCGCUGGGGGAGGCCCUGGAGGACCUGCAGACAUGCGGUCAGUCGGAGUUGCUGCAGGAACUCGAGAUGUCCAUCUCGGCCGGUGGCCUGCAGAGUGUGGGACCCCGGCCCCGGAGCUGGAGCCAGGAUGCGCGAGCCUCCCCCGAGGCCCCCCCCUUGGAGAUGCACAAGCUGACCCUGCGCAGGGAUCCCUGGCGGGAGGACUUUGGCUUCAGCGUGUCCGACGGCAUCCAGCAGGCUGGCGUGUUUGUGCACAGCGUGCGGCCCUGGGGCCCCGCCCAGCGUGGGGGGCUGCGGCCACUGGACAGGGUGCUGCAGGUGAACCAGGUGCGCACACGGGGCUUGGACUGCCGCCUGGCAGUGCCCCUGCUGGCUGGGGCGGGGGAUGUCCUGGAGCUGGUCGUCAGCCGGAGCCCGCUGGCCCCAAGUGUCCCCCAUGCUCCUGGCAGCCCCCGGAUGCUCUGAGCCUGGUAUGGGGCACCCCAGGACACGGCUGGCCGCUUCUGUCUGUCAAUCCAUCAGUCCUGCUGUCCCUGUCUCCCUAUUCUGUGUGUUGGAGUGGCAGGCAGCAGGGUCUUUGUAGUGGGGGGCUAGGCCUCUCUGCUGUUAGUCUCCAGGAGAUCCCUGGCACCCUGGAAAGGCUAUGGGGAGCCCGUGAGAGUGGGUAUGGGACACCCAGCAGUCAGUGCCUCUAGGAAGCAGGGUGGGGCUGUGUGCGGAGCCUCUGGGGGACGGAGACCCCGAAGAUGCUGUGGAGGUGGCGGCCCUCACUGGAGGAGAGAAGCCAGAGACAGAGAGAAAGGCCAGGGAGAACAGGAGGGAGGGUAGCCAUGCUGCUUGGGGGCCCUGGCAGGAAGUCCUCCUGCCUGGUCUAGAGUACCAGCACCUGUCCUUCCACUCUCCCGCAGGCCAGGGACCUAGGAAUAGCGGCGGGCAGUGUGGUCCAGCUGGGUCUGUCUUGGCCAGAUCCUGUGGAUGGCCCCCAGGGGAGAGGGCCCCACUCCAUCUUUCACCCCUAGUUCCUCAGCCCUCCUCCCCCAGUGCUGGGGAGUGGGGUGGAGUCUGGGGUGCUAGUCUGCCCUCUGGAGCAUUCCCACUGAUACCCCCCCUCCCACACCUGCUCCCUGUACCUUGCUCUCUGGAGGACCUCUACCCCUGGGGAAGAGCCCCAGUGUUCUGGUCUGGGGGUCAGGAGGGAGGGUCCAUCUGUCUAUGCAUUCCAGGUGCCGCCCCCACCCCCCCCCAGAGCUGUAUUUUUUUUUCGAUUGAGCAGAGCAGAUUCUCUGUAAAGUAUUUUUCUAGGUGGGUUUCUUAAAGCUCUGGUGUCACGCCUGUCCCCCAGGGUGACGGGGGGGGGGGGGGGGGGGGAGAGACGGACUUUUUAAAAUAAAACUCUGUAAACACUCA